CACUGACUGACGGAAAGGAGUGCGGCGCCCUUGCGUGAGAGCGGAGGUACCGAUUCAGUGGGACGGCACCGCAAAGGAGGAGAAAGACAAAUCUGCAUCACCAUUCAUUCACUGCUGGGACUGAAGCCACGAUUUUUAUCCCCGAGUAACCAUCAGGCGGUUGAUUUCGCAAGGGAAACGUCAAUAUGAAUAUGAAAUAAAGAAAAACGACUGCUGGUGAUAAAGCGGGAUUAUAUUUUGUUUUGUUUUGAUGUGGACUGAUCCCGUUUGGAAAUGAAAAAUAUUAUGAAUUUGUCCGCUUUUUUGCUUCUCAUUUUCUGGGGACUGGCGUUUGGGGGCUCACCCAGUGUACAAAUUGGGGGCUUAUUUCCGAGGGGCGCCGAUCAGGAAUACAGCGCAUUUCGAAUAGGCAUGGUCCAAUUCGGCACGUCUGAGUUCAGGCUGACGCCCCAUAUCGACAAUCUGGAAGUGGCAAACAGCUUUGCUGUCACCAAUUGUUUCUGUUCCCAGUUCUCCAGAGGAGUUUAUGCCAUUUUUGGAUUUUACGAUAAGAAGUCUGUCAACACGAUAACGUCGUUUUGCUCAAUGCUACACGUCUCCUUCAUCACACCAAGCUUUCCCGCCGACGGAUUGCAGCAGUUCAUUUUACAAAUGCGGCCGGACAUCAAGGGACCACUUCUUAGCCUGAUUGAGUACUACAAGUGGGACAAGUUUGCCUAUCUGUACGACAGUGAUAGAGGUUUAUCAACACUUCAGGUGGUGCUGGACACAGCUGCAGAGAAAAAAUGGCAGGUGACCGCAAUAAACGUUGGCAAUCUUAAAGACGAGAAGAAGGACGAGGCUUACCGCUCGCUCUUCCAAGACCUGGAGAACAAAAAGGAGAGGAGGGUCAUCUUGGACUGUGAACAGGACAAAGUGAAAGACAUCAUGGAGCAGGUUAUCACGAUUGGUAGGCACGUCAAAGGAUAUCACUACAUUAUUGCAAAUUUGGGCUUUGUAGACGGAGAUUUAUCGAAAAUCCAGUACGGUGGCGCAAAUGUCUCGGGAUUUCAGAUCGUUGAUUUUGACGACCCUUUGGUGGCCAAGUUCGAUCAGAGAUGGGAGGCUUUGGAGGAGAAGGAGUACCCAGGAGCUGACAGUAAAAUCAGGUACACCUCCGCGCUCACCUACGACGCAGUGCAGGUGAUGACGGAGGCGUUUCGCCACCUGUACAAACAGAGGAUUGACAUCAUCAGGAGAGGCAACAACGGGGACUGCUUGGCCAAUCCCGCAGUGCCCUGGUCACAAGGGGUGGAAAUAGAGCGGGCACUGAAACAGGUGCGUGUGGAAGGCCUGACUGGGAACAUCCAGUUCGACCAGUAUGGCAGACGAAUCAACUACACGGUCAAUAUCAUGGAACUAAAAAACAGUGGUCCUGUAAAGAUUGGAUACUGGAAUGAGGUUGACAAAAUGGCCGUGACAAAAUCGGAUAUCUUUCCAAAUGAAUCGCUGGGAAUGGAAAAUAAGACAGUCAUAGUAACCACAAUUUUGGAAGCUCCAUACGUGAUGCUCAAGAAGAACUCAGACCUGUUUGUGGACAAUGAUAGGUAUGAGGGCUACUGUGUGGAUUUGGCUGCAGAGAUAGCCAAGCACUGCGGGUUCAAAUACCAGCUGAAGAUAGUUGGAGAUGGAAAGUAUGGAGCCAGAGAUGCUGAGACAAAGAUCUGGAAUGGGAUGGUUGGAGAGUUAGUAUAUGGGAAAGCUGACAUAGCAGUGGCUCCAUUAACCAUCACCCUGGUACGUGAGGAAGUGAUCGACUUCUCCAAGCCGUUCAUGAGUCUGGGCAUCUCCAUCAUGAUCAAAAAGCCCCAGAAAUCGAAACCGGGGGUCUUCUCCUUCCUGGAUCCCCUGGCGUACGAGAUCUGGAUGUGUAUCGUGUUCGCGUACAUCGGGGUCAGCGUGGUGCUCUUCCUGGUCAGCCGUUUCAGCCCUUACGAGUGGCACACCGAGGAGUACGAGGACGGACAGAUACAGACCACCGAGUCGACUAACGAGUUUGGGAUAUUUAAUAGUCUGUGGUUUUCUCUUGGUGCCUUUAUGCAGCAAGGAUGCGAUAUUUCGCCAAGAUCUCUCUCCGGCCGCAUUGUCGGUGGGGUGUGGUGGUUCUUUACGCUGAUCAUAAUAUCGUCCUACACGGCUAACCUCGCUGCCUUCCUGACUGUCGAGAGGAUGGUGUCACCUAUUGAAAGCGCAGAGGACUUGGCUAAACAAACAGAGAUUGCCUAUGGCACUCUGGACUCUGGAUCAACUAAAGAAUUUUUCAGGCGCUCUAAAAUCGCUCUGUUCGACAAAAUGUGGCAGUACAUGAAGAGCGCAGAGCCCUCCGUGUUCGUGAAAAAAACGGCGGAGGGCGUCCUCCGGGUGCGCAAGUCCAAGGGGAAGUACGCCUACCUGCUGGAGUCCACCAUGAACGAGUACAUCGAGCAGAGGAAGCCCUGCGACACCAUGAAGGUGGGCGGGAACCUGGACUCCAAGGGCUACGGCAUCGCCACCCCGAAAGGAUCCUCAUUAAGAAAUGCGGUUAACCUCGCAGUACUAAAACUGAAUGAGCAAGGCCUGUUGGACAAAUUGAAAAACAAAUGGUGGUACGACAAAGGAGAGUGCGGCAGCGGGGGAGGUGAUUCCAAGGAGAAGACCAGCGCUCUCAGCCUGAGCAACGUCGCCGGCGUCUUCUACAUUCUCGUGGGCGGCCUCGGUCUGGCCAUGCUGGUGGCUUUGAUCGAGUUCUGUUACAAGUCCCGAGCCGAGGCCAAACGGAUGAAGGUGGCAAAGAAUGCACAGAAUAUUAACCCAACUUCCUCGCAGAAUUCACAGAAUUUUGCCACUUAUAAGGAAGGUUACAACAUGACCUUCACGGAUGCCAUGAGGAGUAAGGCAAGGCUGUCAAUCACAGGAAGCACUGGGGAGAACGGGCGCGUGAUGACUCCAGACUUUCCUAGAGCAGUGCAUGCGGUACCCUACAUCAGGCCUGGCAUGGGAAUGAGCGUCACUAUGACUGAUCUCUCCUGAUUGACACGAACCUAUCGAGUGCCUUACACAAUAGUUUUAAUCUAGUGGUUUUUUUUGUUUUUUUUGGGGGGGGAGGGGGAGGGGGGGCGGUGUGGGUGUUGGACAAGGGGGGGUAUACUUGAGGCGAGAGGAGCAUCCGUAUCAUGAAGAUCCUUUUUUUCUUCUACUUUUUUUUUUCAAAUAAAGACAAUUUACACCUCUUAUUGGAAGUCCAUCUUGGGGAACUAUAACAGGAUGCUCUUGGUGUGGGUGACAUCGCCGUUUCACUUCUACUGAUUCUAACUCAUUUGGGACCAGGCUUGAUUGACAUGUUCUGCUGUCUGUGAGAAGUACUGUGAGCUCUACCCAGAAUCCUUGUGGAGGCAGCACGUCUGUUUCUUUCCGUCACCACCGUUGUCAAAAAUACCGGACUCAUACCAACCUAAGCACACUUGACAUCAUCUGCAUCAAGAUGUGUUUUUUUUUUAAAGAAAAUUAAAUAAAAUAUAUGAAAAAAAAUAUUUUUAAGUAUUUUCACAAAUAAAAUGGCUUUUAAAUAAAUCUGCUUCCAUAUUGGUUGUAAAACUCAAUCUGCAAGGAUGUUAAAAAAAGGCUUGGUUCCAUACCUUUCAAAGCCAAAUAUGUUCAUGCGAAUGGAGGUAUAAUGUUUAAAUCGUGUAAUUUAUUACUGUUAUAAAUAUUCUCCUGUAUAUCUCAUUCUUUGCUUAUUUGAUGUUGAUAAAAAAAAUACUUGCCAAUGCUCGACAUUUCAAAUAAAUUCUUUUACUAUGGUUUUAUUUGUAAAAAUGUGAAGUUCCUUAAAAAGUUUCUCACUGUAAAAUGUUUUUUUUUUUUUCUUUUUUUACUUUAAUGGAUAUUUUUUCUGUUUAAAUUUUCCAGUCAAGGAUCAGGGUAGUAGUUUUAUGAAUAACAAAUAUGGUGAAUAAAUUAUGUUUACACAUCAUGGGUGCAAAAGGCCAUCUAUCGUAUAAUUUCACUUCUAAAUAGAUGAAAGCAGACAUGUUGACAAAAAUAAUACUUUCACAAUGCCAAAUAAUAAAAUGCCAAAUUUAGAAAUAUAAAAAGGAAUCUAGUUCUGAUAAGGCUAUUUCAGGACACUGUAACUCAUACAUCCAACGUGUUGUGGAAGUAUUUCUUAUUUGUCAUUCUGUAACUGCUAAUUUAUUAUGUAUGAUUUACUAUUUUAUACAUUUUACACUGAAUGAUGUGAACUUAGCAUUAGAUGCAUGCCAUUUGCUCCUUAUAUAUUUUUGUUUGUUUUGUUUUUUGUUUUGUUUUUUCAUUUUGCAUUUAAGAGGUGAUGACUUUGGUCACCAUCAUGAAAUUAUCAAUAUUUCAGUCAAAAUUGUAUGACUACAAAUAAAUAUAUUUAUAGAAACAUGCAGAAUUCUAUUCAAAUUCAUUUUAAAAACCUGCUUUCACUUGUAAGUUAAGAUUUUCCUAUGUAGACAUUAAGAUACCAGGUCAUGUAAAUGUUGCAUCUUUGCUAGCAACAGAUUUACCAUUGUAGAUGAAAUCAAGAAUUAUUCAUCCAACUUGCUAAACCUAAGCUGUUUAAUGAACAUUAGGAUUCAUAAAAAAACAAGUUCUUUGAAAGUUUAUUCCAAAAAUCUUUUGGGGGGGGGGGGGGGGCAGAAUUCUGCGGACAUCAUGAAUUUAUGAGAGAGACACUUAUCAAUAUGGCACAAAUGAACUGAUGAGAGGAUUUGUUUCGUUCUUAGAUGCUAACAGUUUUAUAUCUUAAUAGGCUAUAUACAAGAAUCAACCUCCAUUCAUAUAAAUCCAAACGGAGGCACAAACGUACUAAUCGUAUCACAUUUUUGGGUUAGAAAAAGAAAAAGGUAUGUUAUCUAAUCAAUUUAUUAUAUUAUGAAAAAUCCAAAAAAAUUCUCACAGACAUUUUUGUAAAUGGAAUGUGUGCUAACUGGAUUAUUUUUGGGACUCUUUUUAAAUAAAAGUGACACAAAAACCUUGA